AUGUCGUCGCUCCUCCUAGUAUUAUUCCUUGUUCUGUAUGCAGCAGUCGUCGCUGCCAUCCCGCAGGCAGUAUCUCUCGCCGCGGCACCCGUCCUGCCACCCAAAGGCAAAGUCUCCCUAACGACUCUCGACGUCGAUCUGGAAGGAAGUGGAUGCAGACCCGGCGAUGCCAGCGUUAUGCUCGCCUCCGAUAACUCCGCCUUGACCAUCAUCUUCGACAACUUCUCCGCCUCUGACGGACCAAAAGCUGGAGGCGCGAGUACACGCGCGUUCUGCAGGGUAAAUAUCGGCAUGACAUCGCCUGGAUGGGCGUUCGACGUCAAUUCAGCUGAUUUCCGCGGAUACGUGUAUAUUGAGAAGGGUGUGCAGGCUAGCUUGGUCAGUAGAUGGAAAUGGAUUGAUAAGAACGGAGUUGAUCUCAAAGGCAAGGGUAACAUCCAAAAAAAGAUAACAGGGCCUUUUGAGGAUGACUUCCUCUUGCACAAGGAUGGUGAAGUGUCGGAUACAGAGGCAUCGGUAUGCCAGAAGAAAGAUGCGAGGAUUCAGAUUAGUCUGUCGGCGACUGUGGAUUCUGGAACGUCGAACAAGAAUGGAUAUGUACAAGGAAGUUCUGCGGAUGCUGCAUUUGGCGAGAUACUGAAUCUUUCGUGGAAGAAAUGCUGA